CUCGCGAGAGGGGCCGGACGCCGGAAGUGAGGAACAACCCGGAAGUUCCCACCCGCCGCCGUUCGACGCCCCCUGGAGAUUCCGUCUCAGGGCCUCUGCGAGGGCUCCGCUGCCGGCCUGGCCAUGGACGAUACCCUGUUCCAGCUGAAGUUCACAGCGAAGCAGCUGGAGAAACUGGCCAAGAAGGCGGAGAAGGACUCGAAGGCGGAGCAGGCCAAGGUGAAGAAGGCCCUGCAGCAGAAGAAUGUGGAGUGUGCCCGUGUGUACGCGGAGAACGCCAUUCGCAAGAAGAAUGAAGGUGUGAACUGGCUGCGCAUGGCGUCUCGCGUGGACGCCGUGGCCUCCAAGGUGCAGACAGCUGUGACCAUGAAGGGGGUGACCAAGAACAUGGCGCAGGUGACCAAAGCCCUGGACCGAGCGCUGAGCAGCAUGGACCUGCAGAAGGUGUCUGCGGUGAUGGACAAGUUCGAGCAGCAGGUGCAGAACCUGGACGUGCACACCUCGGUGAUGGAGGACUCCAUGAGCUCGGCCACCACGCUGACCACGCCACAGGAGCAGGUGGACAGCCUCAUCGUGCAGAUCGCAGAGGAGAACGGCCUGGAGGUGCUGGACCAGCUCAGCCAGCUGCCCGAAGGCGCGUCUGCCGUGGGCGAGAGCUCCGUGCGCAGCCAGGAGGACCAGCUGUCCCGCAGGUUGGCUGCCCUGAGGAAUUAGGAGCCGCGCAGGCAGCUCCAGGCCCGCGAGCCCUGCCUCUCGCCUUCGCGCCGACCCUGUAGCAGCGUCAGCCCUCACUGCUCUCCGCACUCGCCCGCCGGGCCUGGAACCCUCCUGUCCUCCCAGGCUGGGCGGCGGGUGCGUUUGCACAAACUUCUGACUUUCGUGGGUGGUUUCUGUGACUUUGGGCCAAGCAGCUGGAGGGUCUGUGGGCUCCCUCUGUGCCCCAGUCUGUGGGGAUGCCCUGUGAUAGCAGGUGUGCUGCUGACCAGCAGCAGUGGGGUUGGGGUCCCCUUGCCAGGCGGUACCUGGAGCCCCCCCAGCAGCGGGCAGGCCCCCCCCACCCCUAGACAGACACGGGCAAGGCCCCAGGACGUGUGGGGGACGCCCUCGAGGGCCACCCAGCAAACACGUCCCCCGCGGCCUUUGCAGAACGUCCAGGGGUGGGGUCCUGUCCCCUCCAGCCUGGUCCUGCCCUCUGCUGCUGGCUGAGCCCCUGGGGGAAGCUGGCCCCGGGUCCAGGCGUGCCCACUCUGGGGCACGUCCUCACUCUCCUGCCUGUGGAGGGCCUGGGGUGUGGGGUGACCCCUUGGAGCCCCGUCAGCCACACAAUCACAUCUGGUACUAAACUGCAGUGCCUCUUCCAACGGCCCCUCCUGCCUGGGCUCACACCCUUGACCUUGGAAGCCGGAGUGGCUGAUAGCCCAGAGAGCCACCCUUGGGGGGAGGCCCCCCCCCCCCCCGUGGCUGCGUGUCCAGGACAGCAGCAGGUCGCCCCGAUGACCUGCGAGGACGGCCAGGAGACGGCUGCACUUCCCGUUCUUCACGGUCCUGAAGUUUACUUUGUUUUCCUGAAGCUGUUUGGUUUGUUUUGUUUUUUUGUGUGUUUUGGGGUUUCUUUUUUGCCAAAAUACAAGGAGCAAGCGGCAGGGGGGAGCGUUGGGUCUGCGUCCUCCUCUGUGGAGCUGCGCGGUGGGUGCGGCCAGGCCGGCUCUGCACAGCUGACCGCCGGCCAGCCCUUCCCAGAGGCUCCGCUGUCCAGUCGCCUCACACCUUCACCUUGGCUCCUGCGCUUGCUUCUUCCUGGACGUGGGAGCCGUGGUGUCCGUGCAGUGGGCGGCGUUGGGCAGCCGAAGGGGCGAGGGCUGUGGGUGAGACCUGGCGUUCUCCUGCCUUACUCCCUGGCCGUGCCCUUCGGGGCGCCCACGUCUGGGGGUUCAGAGGUUGUGGGUUUCUGGGACCCGGGUCGGGGGCGGGGAGGCCGUGGCUCAUGGAAGGCAGUGGGCGUGUGUGCCCUUUUCCUAAAAUGCUACUGUAAAUAAAAGUUGAUUGAGACAUUG